UGUAUAGUCAAUGGUGGAUGGUCAACUUGGAGUUCGUGGAACUCUUGCAGUAAAACGUGCGGAUCAGGUGUAAGAGUACGUACACGAACUUGCACAAAACCGCCGCCCAGCAACGGCGGUAAACCCUGUACCGGAUCUUCAAGAGACUCGCAAGCUUGCAACACACACUAUUGUCCUGGUAAGAAUGUAAUAAUCGAAUGGUCCAGAUUAUAAAGGUUACACUGAAACACAUGUUGCAGUGCAAUUGAGUGGACAGGGUUACUAACGAGGCUUUUAGGGGUCGAAAAAACAAAACUAUUUUGCAUGUAAAACCAAGAUAAGGGCUAUAUUAAAAAGGCCUCCAAAGCCAAUGAUAUUGUUGAAAGGCAUUUUCAAAAUGAGAAAGAUAGACACUGGGCAACGGAGUUAAACAAAUGGGGAAUAGUGAUAGCUUUUCCUUGCGAUUUGCCACGUGUUACAACUGUGACUAAACGUUUUCUCAGUGAUACAAAAACAGCCAGUGUUGACCAUUAAAAUCUGUUUGCGGUACCCAUUGCUAAAACCUCCUCGUCCUCCCCACACACACACCUUGUACCUCCGGUACAGUACCGCUUGUUCCAGAAAUAUGCUACUGGAGACAGCUGCCAUAAACGGAACGUCAGACGGAGCUGUUUAAGUAUAGCGUUAAAAAGGGUGCUUAUGCAAAGGCAAUGUGGAGCGACAUACGUCAACCGGAAUGAGGCCUUUCCCGCUCUAAUAUGCCUUGACGCUAUUAAAUUUGUACUGCUAAGUUUCUUUUCUCUAAUAAACACAAUUUGCCUGCGAAUUGGGGCGCAACCACAGCCCAAGAAUGGAAAAAAUCCACCGUUGACGUUUGUCGCUCAAAAACGUCUUUGCUUCAGUACUGUUGAUACUCUUCAAUAUCUUCAUUAAUGACUUAUUUUACUACAGUAAGUUUGCUUUUUGUCCGGGAUCGUGCCGCUGACUUUCCUUUUGAUACAUACAGUGAAUGGAGGUUGGUCGGACUGGAGCAGAUGGUCUUCUUGCACCAAAUCAUGUGGGGCUGGGUCCCAAAAACGUUCUAGAACCUGUACGCGCCCACCUCCGAGCUACGGCGGGAAAACGUGUCUGGGAUCAACGUGGGAGAAGCAAAUGUGUAACAGGCAACCCUGCCCUGGUAAGAACCAUAGUUGUCCUUCCCGUUUUACGUUGCCAUUUGUCAUUUCAGGACGCAUUAAUAUAAAUGCAUGUAUCUGUCCAAACUUUUCAGCAGCUUUUCUUUCAGUAGUCUGCUACACAGGCGUUUUUUGUGUCGUCACGCAACGCUCCUCCCCACUAGUGGGGAGGAGCGUUGCGUGACGACACUAAAAACGGCUGUGUAGCAGACUAUUCUUUCAGUGGUUAACACUGAGAUUUGAAGAUUUGGGAUUAACAUCGUCUUAAAUAAACAUUCUUUACCAAACACCACCAAUUAAUACUAAAACAAUGCUAACGAGUAAUAGGUGCACGGCGUGCUGAUUGAAUGCGCUAGCAUUCCAAGGAAGUGGGGGUUAAAUCGCCAAUCACUUUCCAACAUAUCAGGUCCUACGUUUGUGAAAACGAAUACGGAGAAGAAGUCAGAGAUAUCUUCUUUCUACCUGCACUUGUUAUUACAAUUUUUUCAUUCUUAAGUUCAUGGAGGUUGGUCCGGAUGGGGCGUGUGGACAACUUGUACCAAAUCCUGUGGAUCUGGAACACAAACUCGAUCACGAAGCUGCACGCAACCGCCGCCACAACAUGGCGGGAACGUGUGUCCAGGAGCGCUAAAGGAACAACGGGUUUGCAACGCACACUCAUGUCCAGGUGAGAGACACGGAUAACAUGUCAAAAAUAUUCUAGCUAUAAGAAUCAAAUAAUGAAUUAUUGCUAUUAUUAUUAUUACUAUUAUUAUUAUACAAUUAUUAUUAAUACAACUUUAAGGAAAACUGAAGUAUCUGCCUUGCAGUAUACACAGGAGCUGGCUUGUAUUAGCUUCUUUCACAGAACGAUUUUUACCUAUAAAGUAUUUUUAACGAGACGAAGUAAGCGGUCAGAAAAAUUAUAUUUGGAUUUUUUUCUAUCUAAAUAACGGUUGCUUGGGAAAGUAAAGGCGACCUUCCAUGUGAACCAUAUUUCAAUCGGUACUGGAAAUGUUAAAGACGAGUCUAAUGCAUCAUAGACAUAUAUCGCCGUAUGUAAGGGAAUCCAAGACUGAUUCAACGCCGUGGAUUCCGGAUUCCAGGCACUUGAUUCCAGUCUUUUUUAGUGGAAUUUGGAUUCUGGAUUCCAAUCCUUACUAGGAUUCCCGAUUCCUUGAGCUGUAUUCCAGAUUCCAAAACCCAGGAUUCCAGAUUUCACAAGCAAAACUUUCUCAGAUUCCGGAAUCUGGAUUCCCUUGCAUAGGGCAAGAAAAUAUAUCAUUAAAAACUAUCCCAACGAAUUCUACCAGUGUCUAUCUACCAUCAUGAAAGUGUUACAUACGAUGGAUAAGAUCGCUUGAACGGAUUUUAAGCUAUGUGUACCGCUUUAAAACCAGCCACAAGGUUGUCAUACCAAAUACUAAAAUGUUACUAAAAAUAAAUCUUUUAUUUGUUUUCUUACUGCAUAGUAAACGGAGGUUGGUCAAGCUGGUUUGUUUUUACACCAUGCAGUGUGUCCUGCGGUACUGGAAUAACGGUGCUCGCCCGCACUUGUACUAAUCCUGCCCCAAAAUAUGGCGGAAGACCUUGCCAAGGACCUGCGCGAAAGGGACAACCAUGUCUAACGAAACCUUGUCCAAGUAAGUUGUGAUCAUAAAAUAGUCCUACUCAGUAAAUCGACCCUGUCGCCUGAUGAAGACCAGCGGUACGUGGUCGAAACGUCGCGGUCAACAUAUAAGUAACAGUCGUGAGACAAACGUUAAACGAAGCUCUUCAAACACAUUGGACACGAUGAGCAAUAUCUUUCGUGGCAUAAAAUUACGUUUAUUUACAGUUUAUUUCAUGGUGCUUCAGGUUAUGCAAUAUUGAGAACUACUAAAUUGAAAAAAACGAAGCGGUUAUGUUUGAGGGAAAAUGCCUCCUUUGCAAGAAUGCCGGUUUCCUCUUGGUUGCAGGAUCAAACUUCGGCCGGACCAUGCUGGCCGAUAUAAAGCCCCAAUUGUGAUAAUCAUUUUCGCUUUCCUCUGCUUAUCCCUUCUUGUCAAUGAUCAAUACCUAUCACUGCCUGGUCGGUUUCUCGACUAACCAUUUAUCGACUGCUAUCUUAAACUGACAUUUUAAUCACUCUUUUUAUUCUGUAACAGUUGACGGGGGCUGGUCCAGGUGGAGCGUAUGGACAACUUGUACCAAAUCAUGUGAAUCUGGAACACAAACUCGGUCGCGGAGCUGCACGCAACCACCGCCUCAACAUGGCGGGAGAACGUGUUCAGGAGCGGCUCGUGAUCAACGAGUUUGCAACACGCAGUCUUGUCCAGGUAUGCAGUUUAAUAGACACUUAUUUCCCCUCUUACCAAUAAUUGCGAGCUUACGAGAAGGUUCAAAAUAAUGUUUAGUUUCCCCAAAAGUUGUAAGUAUGUGUUGCCAUUAACUUUUGAAUACUUUCGUGUCCUAAGGAUUUAUUCGGUCAAGCAAUGGUGCUAUAUUCCGGGAUGUAUGAUAAGCAUGCCUUGUGGAGGUGACGCCAAAUGCUAAUGUAAAUAGCACACACCAUGUUCGUUAAAAAACAAGUUUAUUAUAUUUUCCUUAAGCACGCGACGCUUGUUUUACCAUAACCGAAUACGUUUCCCUCCCAACCUCGCUCCUUCCUGAAAAACUUAGACCCGUGAUUAUGAAAACACACUCCUGGCUAGGGUUGUUCAAACGUUCGAUAGCGGUAUCCAUAGCAGAGAUGCCAACCUCUGGAGAUCUAAAAUCUGGAGACUCUCUCUUUUUCACUCCCCCCCGGAAAUUUAAUGAACCUCCUCAUCCCCCCUCCCCACCCCGAUAAAUAUGGGAAUGACUUAGGACAUUGUAUGAAGUCUUACAUGAAGUACAUUUUAUCAAAAUUCGCGAUAAACGUUUUGAUGCCAGAAAUAAUCUUUGUCAGUGACUAAGUAGGUGCAAAAAUGCCCUAGAAACCGUGCUACGAAAAAAAAAAAUUCACGUUUUGAGCUAAAAGUUUGCUAAAUCUCAAACUAAGGCACAGAAAAGCUCAAAAGAUGAUUUUAUCCGGGAGAUAUGGUGACCCGUACGGGAGACCGGGAGAUUGGUGUCGUACCGUGAGACUCCCGGAUAAUCCGGGAGAGGGUUGGCAUGUAUGCCAUUGGAUAAAUCACUGUCUAGUGGUUAAGUAUCAGGGAAACUAAUUGCAUUAUCCACUGGAUAGCGCUAUCCACUUUUUGAACAUUUGGGAACAGAAGACGAGAUGAUUGAUCUUCUUUACUUCUAUGUCGUAGUCGAUGGGGGCUGGUCUAACUGGGGUGGGUGGACGUCCUGUAGCAAGUCCUGUGGAACUGGUUUCAAGGAACGUUUUAGAAGCUGCACACGACCAGCGCCGAAAUUUGGUGGAAAACCAUGCACAGGAGAAGUACGGGAAACUCAUGAGUGCAACAAUCAUCCAUGCCCAGGUAAGACCAGGAGAUAUAAAUUUCAUUGAAGGACACAGACUAUUUGCACGCUAUGCUACAGAUGGAUCUCAUUGAAGUCCUUUUUAUAUAUGUUGCAUUAGCAAAGUUUCUCUGUGUACUUACGUUCAAAACUACUCAUAGUGAAACUUUUGAUUUCGACAGACGGGACUUACAAACAAUAUGCCAGGGCUAAUAAUUGUGGAUGAUUGAACAAAACCGUGAGCAAUAAGCGGCAGGCGGAUGGAUUUUUAAAAAUUAGCGAAAAAUACAUAUUAAUAACGUGGUAUUAUCUUCUUAAAUUUUCGCUGAAUAAAAUUUAAACGCGGAGAAGACCUGUUUAUUACUCUGUCUAUUGUGUAUUUUCAAAUUUAAAACACCUCAGAAUUUGUGAGUAUUUUACUUUAUGUUGAGACUAACCCUGUGUCGCUAAUGUUUGUAUUCAGCGGUAAGUUUAUAAUUCAAACUGGACUAUAGUCACUGCGAAAGUUUUUGGAAUGAUUUGAUGAAGUGAUAGUUCUAUAUAAGGAGGUACAGUCAUCAAUUCACUCCCACUGUUCAUUCUUUCAUGAACUCAAUCUUUCCGUCUUCUCCGGCUGUGUGAACCCUUUAUGGCUGGCAUAUUUGUUACUGCGUCCCUUAAGAACGCAGAUAUUAAACUCUAAUCCCACCUAACUAGAAUCUUGGUAGUAAAAAAAUGUGCCACACAUUACGAGAACAAUUCUUUCAGUUUUUCUAGGCGCCUUUGCUGGCAUAAUAUCAUUAUAUUUUGUGUAAUUUACAAGUGAGAUCUACUUGAUCGGUGGGACACCAUCGACUGUCGGCCGACUUUGAGUGCGGCAUAAUUACUAGUUAUUAAUUGGUGUUGUGAUGUUAUAGUGCAUGGAGGUUGGAGUGUCUGGAGUUCUUGGUCUUCCUGUGCUAAAACCUGUGGCGGAGGGGCAAGAGAGCGAACGCGAUCCUGUACAAAUCCACCUCCUUUUCACGGAGGGCAAGGUUGUGGAACACAAUAUUACGAAUCCAAGGAGUGUGCGGUGAAAAAAUGUCCAGGUUCGGGCUAAGUUCCUAUUCUCUUACCUAUCUGUGUUUAUGCGAAUGGUGCUUCAUGCCUGGCAACAUUCAUUUGACAACAUUUAUGUGUUCUGUUUUGGCCGGCCUGGCCCCGUUCUACCCUAACGGCCUUUCCGAAAAUAAAAAUGUGACGGAGAUACAUGGUGUACCAUACAUGGUGUACCAUCAGAGAGUAGUUUACUGAAACAUACUGAAAGCAUACUGAAACAGUUUACUGUAAAAGCUGGUAGCACUGGUAAAUAUGUUCAAGUAAUUUUUUUUUAUGCCAUAAAUAUUUCCAAGAGUUGAAAGUUUCUGAACAUAACUGCAUAACGAAUACCCGUUCAGUGGUCGUUUCAGUUAUGUAAUUACUUGCACCUUGCCUUUAAUGUUAAAAUCCACGUGAAAACUGAUCGAAUGACGAUUUUUUUGACGUUUGACAGUUGAUGGAGGUUGGUCAGUUUGGAGUGUUUGGAGCUCGUGCAGCAAAUCCUGUGGGAUUGGUUCGCAGGAGCGGUCUAGAAGCUGUACGCAGCCUCCACCGAGUGCUGGCGGGAAAACAUGCCCAGGAAAAGAGGGGGAAAGCAGACUGUGUAAUUCAAACCCAUGCCCGGGUAAGUUGAACCUUCCUUUCUAGUUAUAGCUAGCUUCCUUUGUGAUUUCUAUGACAAGCAAGGGCUUACGUAACGCACACAUGUUCAGUGGCGGAUCCACACCUUCAGAUAAGGGGGUUGAAGGGGGGAGGGCGGUCAUCCAGACCCUGAGAUAAGGGGGGGGGCCCGGACUAAAAAAAAAAAUUUUCCCGGCCCUUCGGGCCUCAGUAUAGUCUAAAAAUAAGGGGGGGGAGGGCAGGCCUCGGGCCCCUCCCCUGGAUCUGCCACUGCAUUUUUCCUUUCGUUAUCACCAUACGAUUGCCCUUUGUCCAAGUGUAAGGUUAAGAUCGAUAUAACGUAACGUGUCGCCUGAAUUUUGAAGAUUUUUCAUUUUUGUAGUGCAUGGCGGUUGGAGUGGUUGGAGUUCUUGGUCGCGCUGUGGUAAUACCUCUGGUGGAGGCACAAGGGAGCGCAAUCGCUCCUGUACAAAUCCACCUCCUUAUUUUGGCGGGAAAGGCUGCGGUCCUCAUCACUACGAGUCCAAGGAAUGUGCUUUGAACAAGUGCCCAGGUUGGCUUCCAUCCUUCUGUUUUCUUUGUCUUUGUUUUCUUCCGUCCAUCUGUAUGUCUGUCUGUCUUUCUUUCUUUCGGUGUGUCUGUCGGUCGAUCUCUGUCUGUCUGCUGGUGCUUCUUGGCCAGCUUUUUGCGUUGUCUAUUUUGUUUAUUCAUCUAGUGGUCUGCCAGUCUGGUUGUCUGCUUUUGAGCCCAGCUGUCCAACUUUAUUGUCUAUUUGUCUGCAUUGGCGUCGAGUUUUGUUAGCUUUCUUCAAUCAAAGCCUUGUUAUACAAUGCACUACUGAAAAGUUCGAAAUUUAAUAUUUUUUAAUUACAAGACAUAUGUACAAGACCUGCCUCCUCGUGUGUUUUUUAGUGUUAUUAAUAAAACCAGUUUCCUCAAAGUCGUGUUAUAGCCUGCAGUUGUUGUUGUUGUUGUUGUUGUUGUUUUUGCGUGCGCUUUAACGAUCUCCAUUUCUUUUUGUCACACAGUCGAUGGUGGCUGGUCUUUAUGGAGUUCCUGGACAGAAUGUAGCGUGACAUGUGGAACUGGUGUAGUGUCACGCGAACGCAAGUGUGACAAUCCUGCACCAGCUGCUGGUGGAAGGUCCUGCCAAGGACAUCCUAGAGAUGUACAAACGUGUAAUACCACUGAGAUUUGCAUCGGUAAGUAUUGCUUCUAGGAAUGGUACCUUUAUUUGUUAAGAACAGUGUAUUCCAAAAUGUUUUUAAGUUUUCGGAUCACUAGACUUUCAGCUAGCAAUCCGAACAGAUGGAAAUUUUUGAGGGGUUAAAAAUAUGCCUAUAUCUACCGUUCAAAUACUAAAAUACGUUCAACAAUGCUAUGUUUAAGUGGUUUUGAACUAUAUUCUCGUUGGGUGCCCCUGACAGUUAACCAGCCUCCGACAUAAACUACAGCACCGUUGUUUUCAACUUUGUUUGCCGGCUUUCAUAACCAGUUUCCCCUACUAAAUAAUAUAAAGAUUUUCGUUAACUAGAUAGUUAAGGUGAUGUUACACGGGAAGAUAUCGCAACGACGAUUUUUAGCGCAUCACAACGUUGCAAUGGUGGAACAAUGUUGUAACCCUUCGAAACAAUGUCGCAACAUUGUUGCAACACUGUGUUGCGCUAAAAAUCGUCGUUUCGAAUCGUCCCUUGUAACAUCACCUUUAUAAAGAAAAAAAUGAAAUCGUGUAAUGCUAAAGGUGAUGUUACACGAGACGAUUCGCAAAGACGACUUUUAGCGCCACACAGCGUUGCCUCAUUGUUACCACAUUGUUUCGAAUGGUUGCAACAUUGCUCCAAUAUUGCAACGCUGUGUUGCGCUAAAAAUCGUCGUUUCGAAUCGUUCCGUGUAACAUCACCUUUAUAAAGAAAAAAAUGAAAUCGUGUAAUGCUAAAGGUGAUGUUACACGAGACGAUUUGCAAAGACGACUUUUAGCGCCACACAGCGUUGCAUCAUUGUUGCCACAUUGUUUCGAAUGGUUGCAACAUUGCUCCAAUAUUGCAACGCUGUGUUGCGCUAUAAAUCGUCGUUGCGAAUCGUUCCGUGUAUCAUCACCUUAAACGGCGACCGCAAUGAAAACGGCAACAAAAUCAGUAGAUCUAAUUAGCAAAAAAAACAAAUUGCACGUGCAGUAAACUUUUUGUACAUUUCUUUGCCGUUGUUUUGCACGACUACAAAAUGAAUGCCGUUUUGCACGACUAAAACGUGAAACGUCCUAGUUACACAAGAGAGAUUAAGAUUCACGUUUACGCCAAACGGCAGACGUGAAUUUGUACCACGCGACCAAUUUUUCCCCUUAUUUUCCGUUGAAUAUUUAUUGCUUCUACACUAAAAUAAGUAGUAUUAUGCCAGAGUUUAACCACAGGAAUCGUUCGGGACUGUUUUUAUCUGCUUAUUUUUCUUAGAAAUUCUCAACUUGAGUCUGACGUUUGCCGUUUGCGGUAAACGUGAAUCCUAAUCUGCCUAAUUAUCUUUUAAGGGGGAAUUGUUGUAUGUGUUCACCAAAACGUACGUUUGUUGCUUGUGUUCUUGUCCGCUUUUAUUUUUUUCACUACCUCUCAUUUUCACCUUAUUGGCCGCUAGCAUUUCGCAUUUUCUCACUGCCUCUAUGAAAUUUUCAUGUUUUUGUUCCAACGAAAUUCUUCUCCCUUGUUUUUAAUCACUCGCUCUAGCUCUUUCUCUGUACGUUAUCCACGUGAGUUUAGACGUCAAAAAUAACGUGUAAAAAGACUCGACUUUGUUUUUGUUUUUUUCUCUAAAAGUCCUGUUGGCCAUGCGAUUUCCCGCCAAAAAUACCUCGAAUUGCCUGCCCCCUUUCGAUUCUCCAAAUUGAUUUUCAGUUAAAAGAUUAUUCUUUUUCUCUGUCAGAUCCAGUUGGGUGCUAUCGCAACUUUCCUUCCUCACUUCUCCAGGACCUCCGUAAUGACAUCAGUUGGAGUUUUCCGCCUUUUUCUAAACAAAUGGAUAAGAUUGUCAAAAAAUGUGCUCAUUUGGCUAAAACGAAGAGGAUGAGAUUCUUUGGUGUGGAAAACUACGGAAACUGUUACGGAGUCCACAGUUUUUCACCAGGCAACCAACUCAAGACGAAUCGAUGUAAUUAUGGUGUUGGCUUAAGGGACAAUUUCUAUGUUUACGAGAUAACUGAGUAA